AAUGGAACAUUGAGAAAAAUAUUGUCGCCAGUUUUCCCUUCCCUUCUUCCUCAAUCGCCGUAAUUUAUCUGUGUUUGAUUCUGUGCUUGUUGAUUCUCCCCAAUGGCAAUGUUCUAAAUAUGAAUUUCGCAGCAUUCUCUUCGAAGCGGUCCAUCUCUUCUCUGCCCUAUCUCUCUGCGAGAAUAAAGCAAACAGAAAAUGAAAUUGUCGAAAUGUUUCGAGUGCCUAGUCCAAGGCCGGAAGCUUCCAACUUCCCUAUCAAUCGGAAGGUGCUGCGGAAGGAUCCUUCUGUUCGAACUCUUGACGAGCGGUUCAUAAGGAUUUUGAAAAUUUUCAAAUGGGGAUCUGAUGCAGAGAAGGCGAUAGAAGUGCUGAAGCUCAAAGUUGAUCACAGGUUAGUGCGCCAAGUCUUGCAAAUUGAUGUAGAAAUUAGGGUUAAGAUUCAGUUCUUCAAAUGGGCUGGAAAGAGAAAGAACUUCCAGCAUGAUUCCACUACAUAUAUGGCUUUAAUUCAUUGUUUAGAGGAAUCUGGACUUGUUGGUGAAAUGUGGAGGACAAUCCAAGACAUGGUUCGUAGUCCAUGUCCUGUGAGUCCAGCUGAAUUGUCUGAAAUUAUUAAGAUUUUAGGGAAGGCAAAAAUGGUAAACAAGGCUUUGUCUGUGUUUUACCAGAUUAAAGGUCGCAAAUGUAAGCCAACAGCAACCACUUACAAUACCUUGAUCUUGAUGCUUAUGCAAGAAGGUCACCAUGAAAAGAUUCAUGAGCUCUACAAUGAGAUAUGCAGUGAGGGUAAUUGCUCCCCUGAUACAAUCACCUACACUGCUCUUAUCUCUGCGUUUGGAAAGCUAGAGCGUUAUGAUUUUGCAUUCCGAUUGUUCGAUGAAAUGAAAGAGAAUGGCUUAUAUCCAACUGCAAAGAUUUAUACUACCAUAUUGGGAAUGUAUUUUAAGUUGAAUAAGGUUGAGGCAGCUUUGGGUUUGGUUGAGGAGAUGAAGGGAAAGGGUUGUGCUCCUACUGUCUUCACUUACACUGAAUUAAUAAAGGGGCUUGGGAAAGUUGGAAGGGUAGAUGAUGCCUAUAGUUUGUUUUUGAAUAUGUCGAAGGACGGUUGCAAGCCCGAUGUCGUGCUUAUAAACAAUUUGAUCAAUAUAUUGGGCAGGGCGGGUCGUUUGGAUGAUGCUCUAAAUCUUUUUGGUAAAAUGGAUUCUUUGCAAUGUGCACCCAAUGUGGUCACUUACAACACUGUAAUAAAAGCGAUCUUUGAAUCGAAAGCUCCAGCUUCUGAGGCUGCUUUGUGGUUUGAAAAGAUGAAAGCGAAUGGCGUUGCUCCGAGCUCGUUCACGUAUGCAAUUCUUAUUGAUGGUUUCUGCAAGACAAAUAGAGUUGAGAAAGCUUUAAUGCUUCUUGAAGAAAUGGAUGAAAAGGGGUUUCCUCCAUGUCCAGCUGCUUACUGCAGCCUGAUCAACAGUCUUGGACAGGCGAAGCGAUACGAAGCUGCAAAUGAGCUAUUUCAAGAAUUGAAAGAGAAUUGUGGACGCUCUAGUGCUCGGGUAUACGCUGUGAUGAUAAAACACUUCGGCAAGUGUGGACGUCUAAGUGAUGCUGUUGAUCUUUUUAAUGAAAUGAAAAAACUUGGAUGCAGCCCUGAUGUUUAUACUUAUAAUGCACUCAUGUCAGGGAUGGUUAGGGCUGGAAUGAUCGACGAGGCGCUUUCCUUGAUGAGAAACAUGGGCGAAAAUGGUUGCACACCAGACAUAAACUCGCACAACAUUAUAUUAAAUGGCUUAGCUAGGACGGGUGGCCCAAAGCAAGCGAUCGAAAUGUUUACAAAGAUGAAACAUUCGAAGAUCAUGCCAGAUGCAGUUUCGUAUAAUACCGUACUCAGUUGUCUGAGUCGAGCUGGUAUGUUCGAGGAGGCUGCAAAGCUAAUGAGAGAGAUGAAGUCGAAAGGAUUCGAGUAUGAUCCCAUCACUUACUCGUCGAUCCUCGAAGCAGUAGGUAAAGUUGAUGAAGAUUGCAGUCCAAUUACUUCGUUGUAAAGAUGUCAUGCUAGUUUCUUUUAGGCUUUUAUAGAUCGACAUUAUUUGUAGAAUCUCCCAUGUUGCUUUUGGCUUCCAA